AUGUCGGGCUCCAUCGCCUCGUACGAGCAGCUGGUGCGGCAGGUGGAGGCGCUGAAGAAGGAGAACUCCCACCUCCGGCGGGAGCUGGAGGACAACUCCAACCACCUCUCCAAGCUGGAGAAUGAGACCUCGGACAUGAAGGAGGUCCUGAAGCACCUCCAGGGGAAGCUGGAGCAGGAGGCGCGGGUCAUGGUGUCCUCUGGGCAGACAGAGGUCCUGGACCAGCUGAAAGCCCUACAGAUGGACAUCACCAGCCUCUACAACCUCAAGUUCCCCCCAGAGGUGGCUGGCAGUGGGCGCAGUGCUGAGGACAGCCCAGCAGCCCCAGCCCCGCACCGGGACAGUGCUGGGGACCUGGGCAGAGCCACCAUCCGGAUGCUGGAGGAGCUGGACAGGGAGAGGUGCUUCUUGUUGGGGGAGAUUGAGAAGGAGGAGGAGGAGAAGGUCUGGUACUAUGCCCAGCUGCAGAGCCUGGCCACGCGCCUGGAGGAGCUGCCCCACGUGGAGACCUUCUCCAUGCAGAUGGAUCUGAUCCGGCAGCAGCUGGAGUUCGAGGCGCAGCACAUCCGCUCGCUGAUGGAGGACUGUGGGCUGCAGGCAGUGGCUGAGCUGCUGCAGGUGGACUACGAGAUGCACAAGGUGACCAACGACCCCCUGAACCUGGCGCUGCGGCGCUACGCUGGGAUGGCCCUCACCAACCUCACCUUUGGGGACGUGGUCAACAAGGCAACACUGUGCUCACGCCGGGGCUGCAUGGAGGCCAUCGUGGCUCAGCUGGGCUCAGACAGUGAGGACCUGCACCAGGUGGUCUCCAGCAUCCUCAGGAACCUCUCCUGGCGCGCUGACAUCAACAGCAAGAAGGUGCUGAGGGAGGUGGGCAGUGUCACCGGGCUGACGCGCUGCGCCCUGCACGCAGGCAAGGGGACCCUCUGGAACCUGUCGGCCCGGAGCCCCCGCGACCAGGAGCUGCUCUGGGACCUGGGGGCAGUCGCCAUGUUGCGCAACCUCAUCCACUCCAAGCACAAGAUGAUCGCCAUGGGCAGCGCGGCCGCUCUCCGCAACCUCCUCACCAACCGGCCCCCCAAGUACAAGGACACGGCCGUGGUGUCGCCAGGCUCCUGCAUGCCCUCGCUCUACAUGCGCAAGCAGAAGGCGCUGGAGGCCGAGCUGGAUGCCAAACACUUGGCUGAGACCUUUGAUACGAUGGAGAAGCAGAGCCUGAAGAGCCAGAGCGCCAAGAAGCCCAUGCGGCACAUGGAGAGCCUGGUGAAGGACUACGCCUCCGACUCCGGCUGCUUUGAUGAUGACGAGGUGCCCAACAUCUCCACGGGCGUUGAGACGGCCAGUGCCUCUGUCCUCUCCAUCUUCCUCAACUCCUCUUUCCUGCAGGGGCAGGCGCUGCCCCGGGCGCUGGCGCAGAGACGCUGCCCGGAGCCGGAGAAGGACGUCGACCUCCAGAGCAUCCUGGGCGGAAAACCGGAGCGGGGGGAACCCAAGGGCAGGGACGCGGCUGAGCCGGAGAAGCCGGAGCAGCAGGACCUGCCCGAACGAGCCAAGAAGAUGGUGACAUUCCCCAGCCCCAAGGCACUGGAGGAGCCCGAGUGGAAGAAGGAGGCAGGCAGCAAGCUCUCCCCCGACCCCCAGGUCCGCACCAUCAAGCUCUCCCCGUCCUACCAGCACGUCCCUGUGCUCGAGAACACAGCCAAGAGUGGUGCAGCCACCAGUGCCAGCCACCACCCCUCCUUCACGGGCAGAAAGCAAGCCUGGCUGCCCCCCGCCCUGCUGCAGACAGCUGAGACCCUGAGCAAGAUCCCGGAGAAGCUGCCUGCCCACCCACCGGCCACCACGGAGCAGGAGUCAGUGCAGAAGUACUCGGUAGAGGACACCCCGAUCUGCUUCUCCCGCUGCAGCUCCCUCUCCUCCCUCUCCUCAGCUGACAAUGUGCUGGAUGGGCAGAGCCACAGCGAGAACGACCUGGACAGUGAUUCCUCCCUGGAGAUCCUGGAGAUGGAGGAAGGAGAUGGCGAAGGUGAGAACGGGAGGCAGGAGAAGGUGGCAGAUCCAGGUCUGACAGCACCAGUGGGGAUUUCCCAGCCCAUCACCAUCCCCUUCCCAGAGAGUGACAAGGUCUUCCUGAGGGAAUCAUCCCCAUCCCGCCAGGAGGACCUCACACCCUCGAGCUCCUCAGAGAACUACAUCCAGGAGACGCCACUGGUGAUGAGCCGCUGCAGCUCUGUCAGCUCCCUGGGCAGCUUUGAGAGCCCCUCCAUCGCCAGCUCCAUCCAGAGCGACCCCUGCAGCGAGAUGAUCAGCGGCACCGUCAGUCCCAGCGAGCUGCCCGACAGCCCCGGACAGACCAUGCCCCCCAGCAGCAGCAAGACACCCCUCUUCGAGCUGGGCUGUCAGCCAGAGAAGGAGACCAGCCAGUUCAACAUCCAGUGGGAGAACAACGUCAAGAAGUUCAUGGAAAUCACCGACUUCAAGGAACGCUUCCAGCUGCCCCAGGACCUGGACUCCAUGGUCUACUUUACAGUGGAGAAACCCAACGAGAACUUCUCCUGCGCCUCCAGCCUGAGCGCCCUGCCCCUCCACGAGCACUACGUCCAGAAGGACGUGGAGCUGAAGCUGAUGCCCACCUUCCCGGAGAAGAGCAGCCUGAAUUUUGCGGCUCACGAGAAGCGGGAGGAGCGGCGGGAGGAGCGGUACCUGGAGGGCCGGUGCCGCGCCGAGCGCCCCGAGCCCCCCGACGACGACGACAUCGAGAUCCUGAAGGAGUGCAUCAGCUCUGCCAUGCCCUCCCGCUUCCGCAAGGUGAAGACCUCCCUGCUCUCUGGCCAGGUCCUGCACCCCCAGACGAAGAAGCCGGUGCACGUCCCCGUCUACAUGCUGGUGCCAGCCCACGCCGGUGUCCCCAAGCACCUUCGUGCCACCGCCCGUGACCUCUUCAAGGACGAC